AUAGCAGCGGCUGAGGUAUGCAAAAUAGUAGCCCCGUCUGACCUUCUCUCUACAUGGGUCAGACGCAAUCACAACUCUUAGAAAACCUCAUUACCAAUUCCACCUUUUCCGGUGAGGAGAUCGAGCGACUUCGGCGCCGCUUCCAGAAGAUUGACAUGAACCUUUCGGGCAGCAUCGACCGUGAGGAGUUCCUGUCAAUUCCCAGCAUUGCGUCAAACCCGCUUGCAACACGUCUUUUUGCCGUUGUUGACGAAGACGGCGGUGGGGAUGUUGAUUUCCAGGAGUUUCUUAACUCACUUUCGGUGUUUUCUGUUCACGGAAACAAGGAGGAGAAACUGAGAUUCGCAUUCAAGAUUUACGACAUUGACAGAGAUGGUUACAUUUCAAACGGAGAGUUGUUCCUCGUUUUGAAGAUGAUGGUCGGUACCAACUUGCGUGACGAUCAACUGCAGCAGAUUGUUGAUAAAACGAUCAUGGAGGUUGACGAGGACAAAGACGGCAAGAUUAGUUUUGCAGAGUUUAAAAAGAUUAUCAGCGGCACCGACGUUGCUAGCAGCAUGACGGUCGGUUCAAUUUAAUCACGUUUAAGUUCAAGUAACGCUCGAGUUUUAGCCUCUCAGUUUUCAAUAUAACAAAUUUCAAGUCGACACAGACCAAUGCUGCAUGCGCGUCGCAACUUCGAACCUCAGUAACGCUCAAUUACAUACUCAAACAACCCAGCAAUACCAGAACCCGAUCCAUAUGUUUCACGAGUGAGCGGCGGUUGUUGAUUAACGUCACAACGGAA